AUGAUAAUUUUCAAUUUGAGCAGGACAGAGUCUGCAAUCGAAAAUAGUUUAAAAGAUUCAUACACAGAAACAAGAGAAAAUAAUUUUCACACUGAAACAAAUAGUGACAAGAACAAUCACUAUUACAUAGCUGGACAGCUUACGGCCUUAGGAAUAGUACAUUGUGGCUUUGGUCUACGAUGUUUUUCACAACUGCUUUUCUCAUUGUUGGUAGAAAGCCCUGAAAACAUCCAUCCCACCUUGGAUGAUCUUACAGAACAAGACAUAAAAAAUGAAAUUUGCAUGGCUAUGGAUGCUUGCGACUUGCAAGCUCUCCGAAAUAUUGUCUAUGAAGGCACCUUCAUCCGUUUAGCUGGUUGGGAACAAAUUAGUGUCUUAGAAAAAAAGGAUAUAAUGAUAAAAUGACCAUCCCUUCGCAAAGAAUUAACUGAAGACAACGCCGAGCCGACGUCAUCUCCAGCGAGUUCCAAGCAGUCCAAGUCCUCAGUGCAGGCAAGAAUUGUUCUUAUUAGAACAAACUACGAAGACGACGUCCAGCCAAACCUCCGGGUCACUUGUCAUCGGCAGUGGCCACUUGGAGAAUACACCGGACGUCACCGUAUCCAGCGGGGCCGAUCCCUGGCCCCCAGUAGAGCCGUUCAUAGGCUAUCCAGCAGGGCCGCUCCCUGGUAUUCCGCCGGGCCGACCCCAGGCCUACUACUGGGCCGAUCCGAGUAUACUACAGGGCCGUUCCAAGGCACACUGCCUGCCGCCAUUGGGGCCGCUUCCAGGUUCCAUCCAUGGUAG